AUGGAGCAGAGUAACUUGAAACCCCGCGAGUUCAUCCCUCAACAACAUUGGUGGAAAGCCGAGGAACAGUCCGUGGGCAUGGGAUAUUACAAUCCUGAGUUCUCAACAUACACAAAUCAAGUUUCUCCAUGGCACAGUGGAAUCUCUACACAGGCAACUUCCGCUUCUCAAAGUCCACGAAGUAGCAAUAGCGGCAGUAUCCCAGGAAUAAAUUGCUACCCCCAAGAUGAUACUGCUAUUACUACCGUCGACGAAUCAACCGGUUAUCCAGCUCCUGAUGGAGUUGUUGAAAUUGAUCACUCUAUGAUGAUGCCCAAGACUCACGUAUUCGAUAUUCCUCUCAACCACCGUUCAUCCUUUGAUACAGAAUUCGACCCUUGGUCCGAUACAUGCAGCCAUUCAGAUCGCAAUGUGACCCCAGAGCAACAAUGGUCUUCUCCUCUUCCUCCAGAUUCUAUGGGAUUCCCACAACAAAUUCGUCGCUCAAAAAGUCGUCCCGCUGGUACGGGUAGCACAUCUGCCCCAAGCGGAGUCCGCAAAUCUACUACAGAACGUCGCACAACUUCUGUACCGGGUCGUAAUCGUCGUCGUCGCGCCGCAACCAGCACAAGCGGCACAGGAAGUUCUCCUCGAACAUUCGUCUGCAGUUUCUCACGCUACGGAUGUGAAAGUACAUUUGUUUCUAAGAACGAAUGGAAACGCCAUAUUACAUCUCAACACCUACAGCUGGGAUUCUACCGUUGUGAUGUGGGGAAAUGCAGCAUGAACACACAUACUUCUUCCUGUUCCUCUACACAUUCUCCUUUCUCUCAAUCACAUACCCCAUCUCCUGCUCCUGGUCAACCGAACGAUUUCAACCGAAAAGAUCUCUUCACACAACAUCAGCGCCGUAUGCAUGCGCCUUGGUUACAAUCUGGACGCAGGCGAUCCCCGACAGAUGCGGAACAUGCCGCCUUCGAGGCUAGUCUCGAGGAAGUACGUCAGCGGUGCUGGGUUGGACUCCGGACUCAGCCGCUGCAGAGCCACUGUGUGUUCUGUAAUGAAACGUUUACCGGUGACGGAAGUUGGGACGUGCGCAUGGAACAUAUCGGUCGCCACUUCGAGAGAGAUGACCGACAAUCCCUGGGAGAAGAGAGUGAGGAUCUUUCAUUGAAAGGGUGGGGCCUCAAUGAGGGUAUUCUUGUUUCUGUCGAUGGCAAAUGCUUAUUGUCGUCACACGUGGCGGUUGGAGUCUGA